UAAUUGCUCUUUUCCUCCGAAAGUAGGUAAUAAAAAAGUAGUAAUUAAAUUACCUGCAAUCAAACAAAAUAAUGAUAAAAAAACGAUGCUUCCUACACUCUUGCAAAGCCUAUCCGAAAUCCAUUUCAAUACCCAAAAAUCCCAAAAAACAAUUGAAAUAAAAGCAAUCAGACAAAAACCCAGGAAUCCUUGAGUGUUUGUUAGGCUAAAACCGCCAAGGCAAAACCUAAAGGAAAGCUAAAUAGAUUGUAGUACAUUUUUGUUGUUUCUUUGAACUCUUUAAAAUCUGGCAACCAUAGAAGGAUUGAGGGCGCGUUCAUCGUUGAAACAAGCGAUCUUUGAUAUUAACAAUCACGACGAAGAGUGUAGGCCUUGGCGUCGUAGGUUGUCAAUGGCUUUCACCUGGGGCUCUGCUCUCAGGAUCACUCUUCUUCUUCUUCUUCUAGCUACCGUUAUUUUUGCUUGUUUCACCCUCCCUGUUGAAAAGAUUCUGAAGGAUUUUUUAUCAUGGGUUGAUAGGGACCUUGGACCCUGGGGUCCCCUUGUCCUGGCUGUUGCUUACAUUCCUUUGACAGUCUUGGCAGUUCCAGCUUCAGUGCUUACUCUUGGUGGUGGUUAUCUUUUUGGAUUGCCUGUGGGCUUCGUUGCGGAUUCUAUUGGUGCAACUGUUGGUGCAGGAGCAGCAUUCCUUCUAGGCAGAACAAUUGGGAGAUCAUUUGUUGUUUCUAAGUUGAAAGAUUAUCCUCAGUUCCGGUCAGUAGCAAUUGCAAUACGGAGAUCUGGCUUUAAGGUUUGUAAGCUUCAUAUUGAUUUUAAAGCAUGAUUGUUGGUUUAUAAGCUAUGUCUAUCUUUGAGGCCUUGUUUUAAACACCAUUGAUCAUUUCUUAAAUUUAUAUUAUUUGAUGGCCUUUGGCAUAAAUCAUGCUUAAUGCAUUGGAAUGAGUUUAGAAUUGUGGUGGUAUCACAACUUUAUGAGUAUGCUAUUCGCCACAUCGUGUAAUUAGCGUAUGUGUCUUUUCCUCAGAAGUUUGAGAAGUUUGAAGGACAUUGAAAUCAAAAAAAGAGAAAUGUCUUUUUCAUGCUUUCAUUAAGUGAGGUUUCAGAUAUUUAGAUCAAAAAGGCCACUCAUUAUUUCUAUCCAUGAGAGCAUGUUUGCCAACACCAUGCAGUAUCUUUUUGAUGUACCAUGCUUUUAGGCUCAUGUGUCAGUUAUGCUUAU